UAGAUGUCAAAGGCUGAAGCGGCUCCCUUUGCCACAUUAUACUUGUAGGGGAUCCUCAUAGACCAUGGCCACAGCUGCCUCGAAUCCCUACAGCAUUCUCAGCUCCAGUUCCCUGGUCCAUGCAGACUCCGCGGGCAUGCAGCAGGGGAGUCCUUUCCGCAAUCCUCAGAAACUUCUGCAAAGUGAUUACUUGCAAGGAGUUCCAGGCAAUGGGCAUCCCCUGGGGCAUCACUGGGUGACCAGUCUGAGCGACGGGGGCCCCUGGUCUUCCACACUUGCCACCAGCCCUCUGGACCAGCAAGACGUGAAGCCCGUGCGCGAAGACCUGCAACUUGGUGCGAUCAUUCAUCACCGAUCACCACAUGUAGCACACCACUCACCGCACACUAACCACCCGAACGCCUGGGGGGCAAACCCUGCUCCAAACCCGUCCAUCACCUCAAGCGGCCAACCCCUCAACGUGUACUCGCAGCCAGGCUUCACGGUGAGCGGUAUGCUAGAGCACGGUGGACUCACCCCACCGCCAGCCGCUGCCUCCACACAAAGCCUGCACCCGGUCCUCCGGGAGCCCCAGGACCACAACGAACUGGGUUCUCACCACUGCCAGGACCACUCCGACGAGGAGACGCCAACCUCUGACGAAUUGGAACAGUUCGCCAAACAAUUCAAACAAAGAAGAAUCAAAUUGGGUUUUACGCAGGCUGACGUGGGGCUGGCGCUGGGCACACUGUAUGGCAACGUGUUCUCACAGACUACCAUCUGCAGGUUCGAGGCCUUACAAUUGAGCUUCAAGAACAUGUGCAAGCUGAAGCCCCUGCUGAACAAGUGGCUGGAGGAGGCAGAUUCGUCCACAGGGAGCCCAACAAGUAUUGACAAGAUCGCAGCACAGGGCCGAAAGCGCAAGAAGCGAACCUCCAUUGAGGUGAGUGUCAAGGGCGUUCUGGAGACGCAUUUCCUCAAGUGUCCCAAACCUGCAGCACAGGAGAUUUCCUCGCUGGCAGACAGCCUCCAGUUGGAGAAAGAAGUGGUGCGUGUCUGGUUCUGUAAUAGAAGACAAAAAGAGAAAAGAAUGACUCCACCAGGAGAUCAACAGCCGCAUGAGAUUUAUUCGCAAACAGUGAAAACAGACACGUCGUGUCAUGAUCUCUGACUGGAGGAAACCAGAAGAUUGCCGGCAGCACUCGGAGCACCGCAGAUUUCUCUCCUCACUCUCUUCCUCUCAUUAUAACGUUCUUCAUUAUUAUUCCUCUCUCUCCCUCUCUCUCUCUCUCUCUCUCUCUCUCUCUCUCUCUCUCUCUCUGAGGGUUCUAAGUAAUGUUGAAAAAGGAAACGCACAUACUCUUAUUCAGGCUUUUGAACUCUGUUACACACUAUAUUAAACAGUCCAGGUGGGGACCUCAUAUUCCGUGCCCCCUGGGCAAUUUCUUCCAAUCAUUUCUUCUGGUCAUUACAUAUUGUUUACUGAGUAAGGUUUGUUUGUCGCUCCCCUCUAGGAAGAGCAAGAGUGGGGUAACAUGGGGUGGGGUGGGAAGACAGAUGUGUGCCUCUGAUUAACCUUUCAGCGCCUUGGUUAUAGCAGCUGUAUUUCAGGUGAAAUCUGUUUUACAAUAGAGUAGUUUUGCAUUUUUGAGAACUUCUAUAGCGUUUCUAAAUGUCUACGGUGUUUUACUACAAGGUGUACACAAUAUUUGUGAGCUAAUUUGUAUCUAAUCGACCGCUCCACAUUAUUAUUGCUAUUAUUAUUCCGUCAUUGAGCUGAUGGUUUUUUAAUUGCUUAGAAUAGGAGGGGGCUGGGAAGAAGGAGAGAAAUGCCUACCCACCCACCUCCAAAUCUGUAUGGAGAGGAGAGGAUAUAGUGGAGAGAGUUGUUGAUGAGAAUAUUGGUUAUUCCCCCACCCCCACCCCUGGAGUGGAGUGCCUAGGAUGGGCAGAAUAGGCAACCUGAUUAGGUCUGCAAACUAGCAUGAAGUAGGAGAGGCAUCUUGGAGCUUUCUGCCCCAUGUUUUCAAACUGUAGAGCUCCUAAGGCUACCACAGCUUAGAUCCCGGUGUCGGUGUCGGAGGAUUUCGCCGUGGCGCCAAGCAAAGAGAGAUGGUCUGAGCGACCAGAAAGGUUCUACACCGGGGGCCUGGAUACCUGCUUGGGGAUCUCUACACCGGCCUCCGGUCUAGCUAGAUCUACCGCCUGCAGGACCCCAUCUCGGCUCCCCCGGCGAAAGACUUUGUCUUCACAAGGGAUUGCUUUUGCUUGAGACCACGACCGGGAGAAGCUAACGCCUGACCGCGCCAGCGCCUCCCAAUUCAAUUCACCUCCAGUUUACAACCCGCUCUCUGUGUGAAGAACCCUCAGGGAAGGGUGGUCUGGAAGUGGGCGGACAGGCACUCCGUUCUGUGCAAAAGGACAAUGAAAUGAUUGGCAAAGUUCGCAGGGAUUUUAGUCCAGCCAGUACCCCUUGUCUCUAGUGUAUAUACCGCUGUCUGUGAGUGCGCUCCUCUUUUUGAUUCUGACAAGUACAACUGAUGGAAGCCCAAGAGAACAUCGAUCAAGCUAGCCAGCGCCCGGGGCACUGGGUUCCAGCUUUUUUAUCUCUCGGUGCGUAAGUGUCUGUGAGUGUGUGCUUACGUGCGCGUGCAAAUGUGUGUGUAGAUAGUUAUGUGUAUCGUAUUACUGUAUAAAAAAAAACUACAAAACAUUCGCUAGGUUAUGUAGAGAUCCCAAAAAUUUACAGUUGCCGUGGCUUUAUUGUUAGCUCUCUACACGUCAGCUUCACAGGUGCACCUCAUUCCCAAGGAGCACACGUGUGCUGGGGGCGGCCGAGAAUGCCACAGCCAGUUGCCGCCCGCUGUACUUGGCUGCGGUCUCCUCACGCCAGGCUUGUCGCCGUCGCCGCCGAAUUGGCCUCUGGGAGUAGCAGCAGUAGACAAAGCUUCAAACUACCUAAGGACCAGAAAGCCUUGGGCCCUUGUCUGAAGGCACGACAGUACUACGGGCUGCCAGGCCUCUGGUUCACCACACUGCUUCCCUAGCUGCAGGUCAAAAGCAUUUAUUAAUUCAAAUCCCCGACCCUUUUACACUUGUCAAGCUUCUUCGUUCUGUAGGUAAUUAGAUUUUAAUUCUGGGAUUGAAUUUUCCAUAUUGAAUUCAUUUUUCAGAAACUCUUUGGGUUUUUUGUUUUGUUUCUAUCUAGUUUUUUCUUUGCAGUUAAAUGCUACGGUCAAACCUAAGUUAACCCAAAUAUUUCAACCGACUUUAUAAUUGUACAGUUUUGUAUAUUAAACGUUUUUGAAGUUAUUAAUUUAAAGAGAUCAUUUAGUUUAUUCAUUUAGCAACUGAUGUAUAGUAAACGCUAUUUUCAUUAAGAGUUGCUUUUUCAACUAUUUUAUUCAAAUUGCCUAUUGCUGUUGCCAACGAUUAUUUAUUUUCAAUAAAUUCUGCAUUGUGUUUCAGAGGAAAUUCUUUCAAAGAUGAGUUGGGUGUCAAAAAGAAAACAAUUUGCAGUAAUGUUUGAUGUGAACAGUUUUAGUCAAGGGGUUUAUAUUUACACAAUAUUUUAUUGUUGUAAAGAUUUAAAAGGUU